UGGGUGUUACUAAAUGCAAAUUAGCUGUGCCUUGCAUGCUUGGUAAUUUGCGGGUGAUUGGUAUUCAUCAACAUAAGCGCAUGAGUGUGAAGAAAAUCAGCCUUUCCGAAACUUUUUCAAAUCUGGUAGAUUUUUUUUUUCCCUCUUCUUGGCUUAUGCAACAAAGAUUUAGACACAAUUUUACUAAAAGAUUGAUAAAUGAGGCCCCUUGUUUAGACAUGGCAUAAUGGACUCUAUUCAUGUAUUUUUAAUUAAAAUCCGGCUGCCUCUGCAAGAGUGGGCAAAAUGGGAUAUGGUCUUCCACUAGGACAAUAAUCCAAAACAUAUGACCAAAUCCACAUGAAAAAAUGCUUCAGUGUUCACAGAAUUAAGACAUGGCCUUCCCAGUCCCCUGACCGAAACCCUGUUGAAAGCCUGUGUGGUGAACUGAAGAGGAGAGUCCAGGACCCUGAAAGAUGUGAACAGAUCCUGCAUUAAGGUGUGCUUGUAGAUUCCUUGCUCUGUAUUCUACAGUCUCAUCAAGCAUUGUACUAUAGGAGAAGAGGGAGGUUUCACAAAAAAGACUAAAUGCUAAUAACUGACUUGUGGUUUUGUUUCUAAGUUAAGUUUUUUUUUUUUUUUUGUAAUUGAAUAAAUUCACUUCAAAUUAAGGUUAAUGUGAGAUUAAGCUAAAUAACUAGUCAUUUUUUUUCAUAAUCUUUCUACCCAUCUUUACAAGGUUGCCAAUAAUUUUAAAGCUCUACUGAGUAAUUUUUCCAUGGUUGUUAUAUUCUUGUUAUAUUUCUAUACAAAAAAGGACCAUAUUUAUCUAAUAAAAGCUCGUUUUCAAGCUCUGCAAGGCAAAUACAUAUUAAAUCAAACAUUUCUAGCUGUAUUCCUUUACUUCUGUCUCUGUCUCUCGUUCCUGUUCUCUUUCUCUCACACUCCUUCUGUCCCUCCCUCUCUCUUUCUCUUUUAUUUCUCUCUUUUUCUCCAUGUCUCCCUCCCUGUCUUUUCUCUUCCAACCUCUCUCCCCCACCUCGCUCUAUUUUAAGCGUUUCUCUCUAUUCUAUCCCUCCCCUGCUAGCGCUCUCUCUCUCUCUCUCUCUCUCUCUGACGCGGAUCUGGUUCUCAGUUCGCGCGCUCAGAGCUCUGAGGUGUCACGGAAGCUCAUCCUUUUUUUUUUUUUUUUUUUUUUUGGUUAAAAAAAAGUGGCAUUAAAUGAUGUUGUGACUCAGGACAUUUAAAGAACUUUUUUUAAAGUCCAAAAUGGCGCGUUCAGCUGCCGCGCUGCCCGCGCGCGUGCUCCUCUCCAGUAGCGGAACGGAUGCCGUACCGUCCCUGCGACCGCUGCACGCGCUCACCUGACACCGUCCGCCGUGACCAUGCGGAACCGGAGUGAGCCGGAAGAGGAGGACGGCGACGACGGCCGCCGCGAUCUGGCGCUACGCGUGCUGAUCGGAUGCGCUCUCUCGGCGCUUGUGCUGUGCACGCUCUUCGGCAACGUGCUGGUGUGCGCGGCCGUGCUGCGCUUCCGCCACCUGCGCUCCAAGGUCACCAACACGUUCAUCGUGUCUCUCGCGGUGUCUGACCUUCUCGUGGCCGUGCUCGUGAUGCCAUGGAAAGCCGUGGCGGAAGUAGCGGGGUUUUGGCCGUUUGGCGCAUUCUGUGACAUCUGGGUCACGUUUGACAUCAUGUGCUCCACGGCGUCCAUCCUCAACCUGUGCGUGAUCAGCGUGGACAGGUACUGGGCCAUCUCGAGCCCCUUCCGAUACGAGCGCAAGAUGACCCAGCGCGCCGCAUUUGUCAUGAUCGGCGUCACGUGGACUCUAUCCGUGCUCAUCUCGUUCAUUCCGAUACAGCUGAACUGGCACAAGGCCAGCAGCGGAGCAGAGAUCGUGCGAGGGUUUAACGGCACCGGCACCGGCACCACAGCGCGCGCUCUCACGGAUGCGGAACAGAACAACUGCGACUCGAGCUUAAACCGGGAAUACGCCAUCUCCUCGUCGCUCGUGAGCUUCUACAUCCCCGUAGCGAUCAUGAUCGUGACCUACACUCGCAUCUACCGCAUCGCACAGAUGCAGAUAGGCCGAAUCGCGUCGCUGGAGCGCGCGGCGGAACACGCGCAGAGCUGCAGGACCGGCAGCCGCGCGCUCGAGUGCCAGCACCAACAACAGCAGCACAGCACUCUCAAAACCUCCAUCAACCGCGAGACCAAAGUGCUCAAGACCCUGUCCGUGAUCAUGGGCGUGUUCGUGUGCUGCUGGCUUCCGUUCUUCAUCCUCAACUGCAUGGUCCCGUUCUGCGCGAGACACAGAGAGAACAGCGGUGACAGGCGCGCGGGCCUUCCGUGCGUCAGCGAGACGACCUUCGACGUGUUCGUGUGGUUCGGCUGGACUAACUCGUCGCUCAACCCGGUGAUCUACGCGUUCAACGCCGAGUUCCGGAGAGCCUUCGCGAGCCUGCUGGGCUGCAGGCGUCUGUGCGCGAAAACGCCGGUGGAGACCGUGAACAUCAGCAACGAGUUCGUGUCCUACAACCACGACACGCUGGUGCACAAGGAGAUCGCCGACGCGUACGUGAACAUCAUCCCCAACGUGGUGGAGUGCACGGACCACGAGGUCACGUUUGACCGAAUAUCGCAGCUCUCGCGCCAGGAAGAAGAGGAGGAAGACGAGGAUGUCGUGGUCACGGACUCGGCGGAAAUCAGCUUGGGCAGACUCACACCUUUCAGCAGGAACGGAAUCCGCUGAAGUCGCGCGCAACAAGUAGGAGCGAGGUAGCAGUGGCUCAAAUACACAGUAAAAUCCUCUACAGUGCAGAAUUCACACCUUUAAUGUUCACUCAUACACUGUUUACUUCUAAAGUAUUGCAUUAUUAUUAUUAUUAUUAUUAUUAUUAUUAUUAUUAUUAUUAAUAAUAAUAAUAAUAAUAAUUAUUAUUAUUAU